AUGAUUGCGCAACAUAUUGCCAAUCUGAUGGGGAAUCUGAAACAGGGAGUCAGAUCGGUGCUCCCUGUGGUUAUUCUCCUUGUUUUUACGAUCGUUGGAGCCUUCAUGUUCUUGUCCGUUGAAGGUCCCAAUGAGAAAUAUCAGCUGGAACAACUCAAAAAGGAAAGAGAAAAACUCCUGGAGGUAAUCAAAAAUUAUUUCCAACUCUGGUCUUACAGGACACCGCUUUCCGACUCAAUACGAUCAAGAAUAUGAACCCUAUACAGGCCUACAACCACACUAUUGACACUCUGGUGACCUACAGAAACAAGUUGGGGGUGGGGGAAGUGCAUCUGAAUGAGACCAAAUGGAACAUCUGGGGAUCCAUCUACUAUGCCAUGACCAUCUACACGACCAUCGGUUACGGUAACAUAACGCCAGCCACGACCACGGGGAGGGUUUUGACAAUCAUAUACGCCUUCAUCGGGAUCCCUCUGGCUUUGAUUUCCUUGAUCGCCCUGGGCUCUCUCUUCGCCAAAGUCUGCAUGGUACUCUGGAAUUUCUUGAUCAGGACAUUCGGGUGCGUGUCUAAGGACCUGGAAAAAAAAGUAAGUUUCUUUCUGCGUUUUGAUAUUGAUAUAUGGGAAGCGAUUUAUACAUUUUGCUUUUUAAUCCAGCCAAAGAUAAAAGUUCACUCCAAAGUUAAACCUGGACUAAACUUCGGCGUCUCGGCCACGGUUUACACUGAGUUCGAAAUUUUUUGAGUGAAACUUUGUGCUUACUUUAGACAACAUAUUUAUUUACAUUUUAGAUGAAGAAACUUGGUCCCGAUGAUACCAAGUCCGAGACUGAUGAUGACCAAGAAGAACUCCUCAAUUUCCCUGUCACUUUCCUCAUUCUCCUAACAAUUCUAUGGAUAUUCUUCUGUGCUUACAUCUUCCUUUUGUGGGAGGAUACCUGGGAUUACGGUACUUCCCUCUACUUUGUCCUCAUCUCCUUCACAACCAUUGGAUUCGGCGAUGUGAUUGUGUCCAAAUCCAAGUACAUUAUCCCUGUUGGGUGUCUGAUUUUGAUCGGACUGGCCCUGGUCUCGACUGUCUUGACCAUUAUUCAGAAGCAAAUCGAAGCCGUGGCCACCAAUAUGAAGGAUUCUAUAGAUAAAGAGUAUCUGGCCGCUCUGGAACAAGCUUCGGAACAAUUGGAUGCAGAAGAUGAAGCGAUGAGUAAUGGUGGAGAUGCUGAGAAAGGGGACAAGAAAGGAAAGAAGAAGAGUAAGAGGAGAUCUGACAAUAAUUACAUUAAUUAUUACAGAGAACAAGAAAAAGGAUCGAUCCCUGGAUGAAGUGGUCAAACGGAUGCCUCUCAAAAAUCGGCUUCUUUAUCACGUGAUGGGAGAUAAUAACCGAAAACAAUUGGCGAAUCAUGCAAAACAACGGUCCAGGAUUACUGUAACUUCAGUACAGACCGAUCCUUGGCUAAUGGAAGGAAAGAGUUCGAAUAUUGAAAAUCUGAAUUAUUGA